CGCGCUAUUUGUAAUAACAAAUAGUUGCUGUUGAGCGUUCGAGCGCUGCAGACGCGCUGUUUGUCGGUUUCGCUGCGGAAAAAGCUUUUUUGUUGUUCGUCGAGUUUGAGUCUAGUGUGAGUGCAAGUUUAGCGCAUUGUUUGUGGGCCAGCAACAUGUUGAAUUAGUGCUAAUUGGCAAUCAGCCAGUGGCAACAGCAGCAGCAGCAGCAACAACAACAACAAUAUCUUUAUCUUGCAAAUAACAGAGGGAAGAAGUGGAAACAUUGGCAGACUGCAAUGCUGACACGAGCCGAUAACUGCAACGAGCCCAGUGACUGUAACAAGACGGGGCUUACACACAAAGAAGCCAAAAACAAGAGCAACAACAAUAACAACAACAGCAACAAAGAGGGCUUAUUGCUGCAACCAAUCGAUGAGCAUUACGUCUGCGACAUUGCGAUGAUGAGAAUCGCCGAAGAGGUUAAUCACAUGGCAAACAAUGCGCUGCCAAACACAGAUCCAACUUCCAUGGAUCAUCCGAUCAUGAAUCAUAAGGAAAACGAGCUGGAAUUGGAUCGCCAGGAGGAGGAGCAGGCCAUCAGUGAACUGGUGCGCUCCUCCAGCGCGGAGGCAUUAAUGGAACCGGGCAGCAACAACAGCGGCAGCAUGCGUGUUAUCUUUGGCAUCCUGGUGCGUCUGGUGCUUCCGCUGGCGAACGGUGUGGCACGUGGCAUCAAAGGCAUUCGAGAUGUGCGCGUGUUGCGUGUGCUGCAGACUUUGGGCUCAAGUCGUCAGGCACUGACCAAUUUGGUGGCAUUUGCUGCCAAUACCAUAUCGCUGAAUCUUUCCUGCGUGCAGGUUUCCAAUCGUCUGGGGCCUUUGCUCAAUUUGCUUAAAUUGCGCAAAUCCCAAGAUGGCUUGGAAAGUCUGCCCGAUACGCUGACGACAAUAAGUACACCGACCACACCCAUAACGCCCACAAUGCCCACAACACCUGGCACACCGUUGCAGGGUCCGCCCGUCUACAGCAUCUGCAGCUCACCCUCCUCCGCCUGCUGCACUCUCAACAUUCUUGCCGAGCCGCCAGCGGGCACACCAAUCCGAGCGGACAUUGUGCUGAUACACGGUCUCCAUGGUUCGCUGGUGAACACCUGGAAGCAGGGACUCUGGCAGAACGAACGCCGUCCCGUGGAGUUCGAUCGUCCGCCUCGACCACCAGUGCGUCCUCCAAAGCGUCCACGUCAUUCUCGCAGUGCGGCGAUUCAUCCGGCGCCGCGGGAGAAACGCGCCAAGUUUACCACCGGCAAACGGAUGUUGGAGGUGUCUGCCGAGGAAGUCGGCGCUGGCUGGCAGCAGGCACAGCUUCAAACAGCCAUGGAUGCACAGCCUUAUUGCCUCAGUGCUUCCGAUGAUGACAGUGCCGAAGACUUUGCCUAUGUCUGUGGUGAGCCGGAGGAUAUUCAGAUUUGCGAGGGAAUCGAGUAUAGUUUCCCCACAUUCCGUCUGCGCAUGCACGACAACAACCGACAGUUGCAGGCUGAGCUGGAGUCAAUGUUGCAGGCCGAGGACAAUGAUAGCUCCAAUGCGGAGACGCCCCGAAAGUCAGCUGGCAAAAAAAACAAGCCAUCUCCAAAUGAUCCCAACUACUCCAAGUGCUGGCCCGGUGACUGGUUGCCCUUGGACUGUCCAGGUGUUCGAGUGAUUGCCGUGAACUACACAACUGAUCAGUAUCUUUGGCGUCCGCUGUGGAAGAACAAGGAACCCCGCUCCAGUCUCAUCCAGCGCUCACGGGAAAUGGCCGAGCUGCUGAUUCAGCAACGUGUUGGCCAUGGUCAUCCCAUCAUCUAUGUGGGCCACUCCAAGGGCGGCCUGUUCAUCAAGCAGCUAAUUGUCGAUGCCUGGGAAUGCGGUCGUCCAGCCAUGAGGCCACUUUGGCGCUCGGCUCGCGGUUGUUUCUUCUACUCGGUGCCGCAUCGUGGCUCCCAUUUGGCCUCCAUCAAGGCGCCGCUUUUGUCGCGUUCCGUCGAGCUGCUGGAGAUAGAAAAGAACAAUAAGUAUUUGCUGGAUUUGCAUCGACGCUUUGCGGCGCUUUAUCAUUUGGGCCAUCUGAAGAUCGAGGUCUUUAGCUUUGUGGAGACAGCUCUCACAUUGAUGUCGGUGCUCUAUCUGCGCAUUGUGGGCGUGGAUUCGGCAGAUCCUGGUUUUGGUGACGUCUGCGGCAUUCGACUGGAUCAUCGAGAGAUCUGCAAGCCACGGAGUCGAGAUUGUAUACUGUACAAGGAGCUAGUGAAGAUGAUUAAGAAGGUAUGCUGAGCUGUUUGUGUCACGUCAAUUACUGGACCUCAUUAAAUGGAAUCGAUAUGUGAAUAAGCUAGCAACUGAAAGUUGCACCGAUAAUUAUGCGUACCUAACUAUGAAAUAUUUUCAAUUUGUUCUUCAUUAUUAUCAUUUGUUUGUUAAGGUGCAUAGCAUAUAACUAUGUUGUAGAAUGUUCAUAAAAAUAGAUUAACAAUUCAGCUUUGUUCAUUUUAUGAUACAAACUCUCAUACACUCAGAAAGAUGCGUUUAAGCAUGCCAUUUAGUUAUUAAUUGAACAAAUAUAUUUAGAUUUUGAUAUUAAUAAUAAUAAUUAAAUACUUUACGAUUUUCAAUUGUGAUCAUUAUUUCAGUUAAUUGUAAUGUGAUCAUUUGUAAUACAGUUAUACACAGUAUAUAAGCAUAAAUAGUAUAUAGUUAUAACACGGACAUAUUUGUAUGAACACCGCUGUUAAAUGUUACCAGCGAAUGCAACUGAUUUGGGAAUUUACAUGAUAUUACAAGAUAUUGAAUUUACCCAUAACAUAUUUUAUACCAACCUGUAAAGUACUGAAAGUUACUAAAGAUGACAAAAUAAACAAUAAAUACUUACAAUCAUAUAUACAUAUGUAUAUAAAGAACA